UCUAAAUUACCUGUCAUAAUCUCCAUUCACCAUCCGGGAAACGAUGAAGUCAAACUUUUCUACGAACAACGGCACACAACCACCGACCUCUUUCUCCACUGCUUCGGCAGCUACCAAUCACUCAUCAGAACCAGCUCCGGUCCAGCGCUGUACUUUAAUCCGCGAGCAAUGGCCGGAGUGAUCAACGUCUCGCAGUUUCCAUUCCUCCGAACAAUUUCCCGCCGCGGCAGUGUUCCUGUCGGUAUCAGAACCUCCAUUCCCGUAACCAGGGCAUCCUCGUCGUCGUCGAAAACGCCUCCGAGCUCCGGCGCCACGACCGCAGCCACUAGAGGAGAAGAACAAUCAGCAGCGCCUUCAUUUGCUGCCCCGGCCGGUUUCAAGACGCCGGAGCCAAAGCGGUUUGCUAUCCGACCCGACAAGGGCUUGGAUGUUGCAGGAGCGGCUCUCGCCAUCUUUUUCCGCCUCGGCACUGGUGUCUUCCUCAAUGGGUACUCGGUGUCUUUCGUGUCCAAAGAUGAGAUUCCAGCUGACCAAUAUGCUCUAGAACUAGCUGGUUACAAAGUAAAAGAGACAUCAAAGCUAGGACCUCGUCCGUAGCAGCCAAUCAUGAUAUAUGAGUUUGAAAGCUGUCCUUUCUGUCGGAAGGUUAGGGAAAUUGUUGCUGUCUUGGAUCUUGAUGUUCUAUUUUAUCCCUGCCCAAGGAAUGGUCCCAAUUUCCGCCCCAAAGGCUAUUGAGUUGGGGGGCAAACAGCAAUUCCCCUACAUGGUUGAUCCAAAUACGGGAGUUGCAAUGUAUGAAUCAGAUGCGAUCAUAAAGUAUCUGGUUGAUAAAUAUGGUGAUGGAAGAGUUCCUCUCAUGUUGUCACUUGGUCUUCUAACAACUUUGACUGCCGGCUUUGCUAUGAUUGGUCGUAUGGGAAGGGGACAAUCAUAUCGGCCAUCCAAAUUGCCUCCAAAACCUCUUGAAUUAUGGGCAUACGAGGGUUCUCCAUUCUGUAAGCUUGUCCGUGAAGUGCUCGUAGAGUUGGAAUUACCACAUAUUUAUCGAAGUUGCGGCCGUGGAAGCCCAAAACGGCAGAUACUAUAUGCAAAAACUGGUCAUUUUCAGGCACCUUACCUGGAAGACCCUAACACAGGAGUACAGAUGUUUGAGAGUGCAGAAAUCAUCGAGUAUCUAACAGCGACUUAUGCUGCUUAAACAGUCUCCAUCAGAAUGCCUUAUUUCGCAGACAGCACGUCUCGCCUCGCUUCAUCCUCCUGCUCUUACUAUAUACAAAUUCAUAUUGCUAUAUACUGGAACAUGCUUAGUGAAACAACAAAGCAGCUCUGUAGCAUUGUUUGCUGCAAUAAAAUGACGAAAGAGGUUCAUGUUAAUGUUCAGUUAAUAAGCUAGCUCCCUUGUCCUAUAAUGUAGGUAGAGAAGACUCUAAUGGAGCCUUGACAUUUAAGUCAAAA